GCUGGAGAAGAGAAGGCUUUGAGGAGACCUGAGAGUCCCUUUCAGUUCCUAAAAGGGCUCCCAGAGAGCUGGAGAGGGAGUGCUGUCUUACAUCUACUGCUGAUUUAUUAGAAAUGCACACUUAGAAAUAGUUUCCAGAUGUCACCAUUUCUGCGGGCUUGACGUGCUUUUUUAAUUUGAGAUUUUUUUUUGUGUGACUUUGGAGGAGGGAAGAAUCCCUGUUUCAAUGUGGAGGAGACAGUGACAAGCUCCUCCAACAGUGUGAAAUCGUGAGAUAGUUUGAAAUACAUUUGGAAACGCACCUUCAAACUGAGUGUCUUCAUCGAGUUUAUGGUGGAUGCCAGGGACUUUUUUUUUUAUUUUGGACCUCUUUCACACUCUGCCCUUCACCCCCUGCUCCCCAGUCCCACCCAUGCCCAUCAUUCUCACCCAGCCUGCAGAGCGUGUUGAGCUUCCCUCAUCCUUCUUCCUGCGAUGGAGCACUUGGGGAUUUGCUCAUCCCCUUCUCCCUGGCAGUGCGAGUUCCCUGCAGUCCUUUCUCUCCUUGCUCCCACCACACCCAGGAUCUUUCCAUGACCAAAUUCAGCAGGGAGGAGACCUUCUGACUCUGGGCUUCUCCCCAUUUCUCCACGAGCAGCUGGUGACCUGCGGCUCUCCCGCUCGUGCCGCGAUGGCCACGCCGGACGUCAGUGUCCACAUGGAGGAGGUGGUGGUGGUGACCACGCCGGACGGCGCCGUGGAUGGUGGCAUGGAGGAGGUCAAGACAGUGCUGGUCACCACCAACCUGUCCCAGCAUGGCGGUGACAUCAACGAAGACACUCUGGAGACUGAAAAUGCAGCUGCUGCAGCUGCUGCUGCCUUCACAGCCUCCACAGACCUGAAGGAAGCAGUUCUAGUGAAGAUGGCUGAAGAUGAGGACAGUUUGGAAGCAGAGAUUGUCUACCCCAUCACCUGUGGGGACAGCAAAGCCAACCUCAUCUGGAGGAAGUUUGUGUGCCCUGGGAUCAAUGUGAAGUGUGUGCAGUUUCACGAUCACCUAAUCAGCCCCAAGGAGUUUGUCCACCUGGCAGGCAAGUCGACCUUGAAGGAUUGGAAGCGGGCGAUCCGGAUGAACGGGAUCAUGCUCCGGAAGAUUAUGGACUCAGGAGAGCUGGAUUUCUACCAGCACACAAAGGUCUGUUCCAACACCUGCAGGAGCACCAAAAUUGAUCUGACUGGAGCCAGGGUGUCCCUGACCAGCCAGACAUCUACAGAGUACAUCCCCCUGACUCCUGCCUCUGCUGAUGUGAACGGAUCCCCGGCUACAAUAACCAUAGAAACAUGUGAGGAUGCCACUGAUUGGAGCACCAGCAUUGGAGAUGACACCUUUGCUUUUUGGCAAGGUCUGAAGGACAGUGGUCUCCUGGAAGAAGUGAUCCAUGAGUUCCACCAGGAGCUGGUGGAGACCAUGAAGGGCUUGCAGCAGCGAGCACAGGAUCCCCCACUGCAGCUCGGGGAUGCUGUUUUACUCAACAACAUAGUCCAGAACUUUGGGAUGCUGGAUCUGGUCAAGAAGGUCCUGGCCAGCCACAAGUGCCAGAUGGAUCGCUCGAGGGAGCAGUACGCACGGGAUUUGGCAGCUCUGGAGCAGCAGUGUGAUGAGCACCGCAAGCGAGCGAAGGAGCUGAAGCACAAAUCGCAGCAUCUCAACAACGUCCUGAUGACCCUCACACCUGUCUCCGUUCCCACGCCUCUGAAACGCCCCAGACUGACCAGGGCCACCUCUGGACCAGCUGCCAUCACCUCCCAAGUCCUGUCCCAGCCAGCGCAGCUCGCUGUCACUCCCGGCGUGCCGGUGUCCCAGAUUGCCAAUCUCCCUCUCGGCAAAGUGGUCUCAGCCCUCCCUCCUUCAGUGCUGGGAAAGAGCCCAGCCCAGCCCCCUGCUGUGAGCUCCCCAGCCUCCCCUCUGCUGGGGGGGUACACGGUGCUGGCCUCUGCUGGCUCCACCUUCCCCAGCACGGUGGAAAUCCACCCGGACGCUUCCAACCUGACGGUGCUGAGCACGGCUGCGGUCCAGGACGGCAGCACGGUGGUGAAGGUGGUGAGCCCCUUCCAGCUCCUGACACUUCCAGGACUUGGCACGACCAUCCAGAAUGUGACACAAAUAGCUCCCAGUGGGAGCACAGUCGUGACUGUCCCGUCUGGUGCCACCGAGGCUGCUGGGGACGAGCACGCUGCCGCCGCCAUCGAGGUGACUGCAGUGGCUGAUGAGGCGGAGCAGAAGUGAGAGGGGGGACUUGCCUGGAGGGACGCUGGCCGUGCCACUCUGGGGGGAACUGCCUCUUCUCUGGCUGUGCUGUGGGAUGAGGAGCGGUGUCGUGAGGGGCACGGGCUAACAGGACUCAGAGCAGCUUGUGUUGGGAGCAAAGAGGUUCAGGUCAGAGGGAAGGAGGGGGGAGGAAGGAUGCCUGGAGAAGGGAAAGGCAGAAAUGCUCUGCCUUGUUUGGAGGAGGGAAGAAACAAAGAGCUUAUUUUUUUAUAAAACUUUCCUCCCCUGUUCUCUUGGAAUAGCUUUCCUGCUCUGGGUCAUCAGUCCAGCCUUGUUGGCAGGCACAGCUGGAGCAGUGUCCAUCGGGAGGAGUGGACAGGAGCAGGGAGAACGCAGUAGCUAAAGGAAGCUGCUGAGGGGAUCUAGUGUGCAGGGAGCUGGCUGCUCCCCAUCCCAGGGGCUGCAGGAAUGGAGAGGGAUGCCAAGAGCAGGAAUUCCAUGGAUCUGUACAAUCACUGACACCAGGAAGGGCUCUGGCAGCAUGGGCACAGGCCCUGGGAGGAGGUUGGGUUUUGUGUGUGACACUGGCUUUGGGUGGCAGAAACAAAAGUGGGAGCUGAUGAGAUGGUGGGCAUGGUGGUUACCCAGGUCUGCUGGGGAAGGAGCAGGAAGGGAGGAACCCAGAGGGCUGAGAAGAGCUGUGACUCCUAAGGAUUUAGGGUCUUUUUCUAGUUUUCUCAAAAAAAGAAAAAAUCCAUUCUUGGGAUUUUUUUUUUUAAGCCAAUGGUGAUUUUUAAGCAAAGCCCUGGUUGGGAAGCUCAUUCUGCAUGGCAGAGCCGUGCUGCAGAGCGUGCAGAGCUGAGCCCCAUGGCUGUGCUCCAAGGAGCUCACACCUCCUCAUGAGGGGGACCCUGCUGUACCCAGCCCCCUGGGAGCCAGAUGCUGCCAUUCCUCCCUGCUGGGUUCAAGCAGCUGUUCUGUAAUGGGGUGCUCGACCCCCCAGUUCUCCUUCAGCCACCCCACUCGCUGCAGCUCUCACCAGGUCCCAGCCAGGGCCUGUGUGUCUCACGCUGUCUCCAGCUGGAAGGAGUUGGGUGCUUGGAGCAUUGGGGUUUCUCCAAACUUGAUCUGGCAACAGCAGCAAUGACAGGUCACUUUAUUGAGUAAUAAAUAUUUUUUUGAAAGAA